GUCUUCUUUUCCACGUGUUUAUCUAUUUUGUUUUGGGAACUCAUUUGAAUCGUUUUAGCACGAAUUUUGUUUACUUUUUCCAUAAAAAUAUACAAAAAUAAUAUUUAAUGUAAUGGUUAAAUCAAUCUCAUUUCAAGCAUUUGAUGAAUGAUGGCUUUCGAACAAGCGAAUAGUAAUUCUGAAGACAUUGCAGGUUAUGCCAAAUCAGGCGAAGUGAUGUCCAGUAUUUUCGAGGAAAUUGAGCAGCUGCUUCAAAACAAUAAGGGUUUAGAAAUAUCUUCAAAUGCAAAACAAGUCGAGGUAAAUGAAGUCACACAUCCCACCGACUUAAAUGAUGUGGAGGACACCGCACACCAAACAGCAGUUCUGAAUAGCUAUGCCGAGUCCGAGAAUGCAACUUUGAAUUUCCUGUCAACAUGCGGAAACCAUGGAUUUCUCAUUUCGGCAGACACACAAACCUUACCGGAAGAAGAACUCUCGCUGUUUUCCGUGAAUCAAAACGAAUUGCAGCCCGUAAAUGCUCCAUUUAUGGUACCAGGCAUUUACAAGAAGAUUGCCAAUUCACCGGUAGCCACAACAGAAACUAUACCACAAUAUGCUGCUAAAGAAGGGACUAAUGUGUUUUUCGCAACCAAAACCUCCAAAGGGAAAAUUGUUUCACGAACUGAUUUUGAAAACUGUUCGAUUGCAGAGGACUCCUAUGAGCACCAUUCAAACACCGCUGAAAUAUUUAAUUCGAUAGAAGCAAAACCAGAAAGUACAAUAAAUUUGGCAUCGAACAUAUUGCUGAAAUUCGCCAGCCACAUUUACAAGUCUGCGCGAAAUGAUCGAAUAGUAAUUGAUAGGAAAAAGAACGAAAUAGUACGGACACGCGCUGUUAGCAAUCAAAAAGUAGUAUAUCGUUUACUGGGACCAGAAGAAUUAAGCCUGAAAACAAACUCUGUUCCCAACUUUAUGCCUGCUAGCCGAGAAAACAAGCAAUCUCCUAAAGUUAAAAAAGGGCGCCCCAGAAAGAACGCCCCGAAUGAUAGCGAAAAUCCUCUACCACAAUCAUCUUCUAAAAAACUAAAACUCGCCAAUGGUGACAGUUUUCAACAACCGUCAUUACGGACACGGUCUGGCCGGGUGGUGAAGUUAGUAAAACCGCAAUUAAACUGUACAAAGAUUAUUGAAAAUCCAGUCGUGCAAACCGAACAAGUUGAAAGUUUAGUAAAUGAUGCAAAAGAUAAAGAUUUUUACUGCAGCUUUCAAUCAAUUACUUUGCCUACCAAAUCGGAUGAUUUUUCAACACCGCCUAUCUCUAGCUCUCCUACGCAAAAGCGACGAGUACCACCCGAGUCGAUCUGUCCCAAAUGUGGCAAGAUAUUUUUAGGACGCCGCCUGCAACGUCAUUUCACACAACAUCCAGAUCAUAUGCUUGCACAAAGAACUGAAGACUCAACAGUACAAGAGCCAAAGCGGCAAACUGGUAUUGCAAGUCCCACCGAAGAUAUGACACUAUUCAGAUUUCUAAUAUCAAAGCUGCAAAAACCACUACUCAACGAAGAUCAGCGUGCCGAUCUCUUUCUAAAUGAACUAAACGAUCUGAUUGAGCAAUUGCAGUUACGUUGCACAAGGCUAAUACGCAACACUUCGGGAUUACAUUUUGUUAGUGCGCGAACAGCGCGUGUACUAGGUAUUCCAGAGGGCCAAUAUGCGCUCGAUAUGAGCGCUAUAGAUACUGAAAUGCCCCUGCUGGAUACAGAACAAAAUUGUGUGAAUGGAGAAGAAUUAAAGCGUCAUCAAAUUACACCCCCAGUAGUUACUGUAAAUACGCCGAGCUUAGAUUACACUGCAAUAAGUUUAGAUGACACACUAACUGACGAAGCCGCACAGAAGUUAAAUCUCUCAGCCGGUGGCAAGCUACUGCCACCGUCUGAAGAAAGUCUUUUGCGUGCUGUGGAUGAUCUUGUGCAUGACGGUAUAACCAAAUUAGUGGAUGCGAAUCUGCUACAUCCGCCACGUACAGUUGUGCAAUCAUCGGGAACUUCAACAUUAGUACCGCACUACGAUCAUGUGAGCGACAACGCAGUGGAAGCGUUAACUAUCAAAGAGAAUAACGCAAUGCAAGGAGGCACACCAAUCCUAGACUUAUCAGUGGACUUUUUUCAAUUCAAGAACAACUGAAGUUAGUAUUAAUAUAUGUAUGAAUGUACAUAUGUAAAUAUAUAAACCCUACAAAACAUUUU